AUGCUGGCGGCGGCGCGCUGGGUGCUGGCCCAGACCAAGUACCGCCUCAUCAGCGCGCUGGCGCAGCACCCUGACUACCAGCUGCUGGUCGUGGGCCACUCCAUGGGGGGAGGCACCGCGGCGCUGCUGACGAUGAUGGUGCGGGAAAAGAUUCCCGAGUUGGCCGCGGCGCGGUGCUACGCCAUUGCCUGCCCGGCCGUGAUGACCCUCGAGCUCGCUGGGGCCUGCAGCGGCGCUGUGACCACGCUGGUGCACGGCGCCGACAUCGUGCCCACCUUCAGCAUCGGGUCGGUGGACGCGCUGCGCGAGGAGGUCACGCGGUCCUCCUGGUUUGCAGACUUCCAGAGUGACACCCGCCAGCGCCUCUACCGCGCCCUCUCAACAACAGUCGCCACCGCCACCAGCGCCGGCGGCGCCACGCUUGUCGCCGGCUGCUCAGGGGCCGGGCGCUGGACGGCGCGCAACAUCCUCUCACCCGCCAGCAAGCCCUUCCGCUCUUGCUGGGGCCCCGCGCCGCCCGGCGUCGGCGGCCCGCGGCGGGGCGGUGCCGCGGCGGCCGGUGGCCCGGGGGGCGGCAGUGGCGAGGCGCAGCCGCUGCUGGCGGGUCGUGGCCAGGCCGAGCGCUACUGGCAGCAGCAGGCUGCGCUCCAGGGCGCCGACGGAAGACCUACCAACGGCCGUGCCUCGCCGCGCCCCUGGGGCACGGCAGCAACAGGGCCGGGCGGCGGCAGCGGAGACGAGGGCCUCGCUGACGUUGGGGGCGGCGAGGUCAGCGGGGCUGCGGGCGGCGUACCUGUGGGGCCGCUGCUGCCCAGCGGCCCUGAGCUGGAGGCCGCCCUGCAGCAGUGCCUCGCGGCGGUGGAGGCCAGGGAGCUGGGGCCACAGGCGGCUGGCGCCCUGGCGGCGCCGCUCGCGUCGGAGCCCUUUGACAGGGGGUUGGGGGGCGCCCUGCCCGUCAGCACCCGCGGUGGCGGCGGCGUCGGCGGCGCGUCGCCGCCGAGGGGGCGCACUCCCGUCGGCGGCGGCGUGGUGGGCAGCGUGCGCGCGGCGCUGGUUGGGAAGCAGCGGCCGGCGGCGCCGGGCAAAAAGGACGACGACCGCGCGGGGGCGCCCCCGUUUGGUGCCGCACCCGGGCCCGCGGACGGCGCCGACGAGGCCGACUCAUCCGCCGCGGCACCCUUCUCCGCCGCUGUGACGCUGCGGCGGCGCGGCUGGACGUGGCAGGUCCUAGGGCCGGAAGCCGGGGGCGACGGCGGGGCCGGGGCCGGGGGCGGCUGGGCGCUGGAGGGUGGCGGCGUGGCGGGCAGCAUGGUGCAGUAUGUGGGCCGCACCAGCCGCCUCGCGGCCGCCGCGGCCGGCAGCCUGCUGCGUGGCGGCAGCGUGGUGCUCAACGCGUGCACGCCGCCGACACCCCCGCUGGCGGCGGGCGCAGGCGCGGGCUCAGCACAGCAGCAGCAGGAUGGCGGCAGCUCCGGCUCCAGGUUGGGCAUGGGCAUGGGGUGGCUGGCCGACUUCCCGGGCUCCCCCUUCCACAGCGGCGGCGGGGCCGGCAGUAGCGAUGGCGGCCAGCGUGGCGCGCCGCACGCGCCAGAUGAUGGCGGUGGCGGCGACCAGGGCAGCGACGGGUCUGAGGGGGCCCUCGACCCCGACCUUGAUGCUGAGGGCGGCCUUGCGGGUGAUGAGGAGGCGGACGCUCACGAGCUAGAGCGGCCCGAGGUGCGCCAGAGCAUCAGCGCCGUGGUGGCCACUCUCGUGACGGCCGACACGGGCGCGGGGGACGCGGCGGCGCGCGCGGAGGCGAGCGCGGCAGAGGAGCUGCUGCUGGAGGCGGCCGACGGGGGGCCGGGCGGCGGCAGCAGCGGCGGCGGCAGCAGCACGGGACAGCUCCUGGGGGCGGCCGGUGCCUCCCCGACGCGGGGCGGCUGGCAGCAGCAUGACGGCGGCAACGGCUCGCCCCCGGCGCGUGGGCGGGGGCCGGACGUCGCCAGCGGUGACGGCGGUGGCGCAACGGAGGGUGGCGCGCCGUCCAGGAGCGACGACCCGCGUAUGGUGCGGCGCCAAAUGUAUCCCGCGGGGCGGAUCCUGCACCUCAUGCCUGCACACGCGCUGCGACCGCCCAAUGCUGGAGACACCCAGGCCCAGCAGCAGCAGCAGCAGCAGCAGCAGCAGCGGCAGUCUAGCGAGCAGCAGCAGCCGUCGCGCCGGACCAGCCAGGCGGGGGCCGUGGGUGGCUCAGGGGACUAUGUGCUGCUGGAGGUGCCGCGGCGCGAGGUCUACGGGCGGCUGCGGCUCUGCCGCUCAAUGAUCCGCGACCACUUCAUUCCCGCCUACCUGAGGGGCCUCGACGCAGUGGCGGCGCGCCUGGAGGCGCAGCUCGCGGAGGGCGGCGACUCGGCGUGA